GAGGUACCCAGUUCUGCCAGCGGGUGGAGCGCGUGCACGCUUGCAAGUUAUCCGAGUCGCGCACGCGCGCCAGUUACUCGCGUGCUCGCUCUCUCAGAGUGGUGUCUCGAGAGCUGGCAGUUGUGAGGCGGUGAGAGCCCCCCCCCCCGGUCCGGUGUGCAGAGCCCGGUCCGCCCCAGACCCUCCUCCCGCUGCCCGCCUGGGAUGUAAUGGUUGGAGCAUCGCCGACACUGACAGUCAUGAACGGCCGGGAGAGCGCGGGGAUGGGGAAGAGGCGGCAGCGGCUGUGUGUGUGGAGGAAGUGGCCCGGUGUGUGUCUGGCGCUGCUCCUGGUCCUCUUACUGCUGCUCCCCCCGGCCUCGGUGUGCACGGUGUGCGAGGCGGACGGAGCCGGGCCCCGGAGGAGGAGGGAAUCCACGGCACUGCUGGCAGAUCCCUUAAUUUCUUUGAAUCCACCUUGUGUUACAGAAGAAGAUCGAUCCAGCCUGGAAGCUAUACGAACAAUACACAAACAAAUGGACGAUGAUAAAGAUGGGGGAAUUGAAGUGGAGGAAAGUGUAGAGUUUCUCCGGGAGGAUAUGAACGACAAGGAUGUAUCGCACAAACAAAAUCACUUGCACAGAGAAGACAAACACAUAACGGUUGAAGAUUUGUGGAAGAGGUGGAAAACAUCUGAAGUGCAUAACUGGACAGAAGAGGACACUCUGCAGUGGCUGACUGAGUUUGUCGAACUUCCCCAGUAUGAGAAAAACUUCAGAGAGAACUCUGUGAAAGGAACAACUCUGCCAAGGAUAGCCGUGAAUGAACCAGCCUUCAUGAUCUCACAACUAAAAAUUAUUGAUCGGAGCCACAGGCAAAAGCUUCAACUAAAGGCUUUGGAUGUGGUUUUAUUUGGACCAUUGACAAGACCCCCUCAUAACUGGGUGAAGGAUUUUGUCUUGACUGUGUCUAUCGUGAUUGGUGUUGGAGGGUGCUGGUUUGCCUAUACACAGAAUAAGACUUCAAAAGAGCACAUAUUUCAGAUGAUGAAAGAUUUAGAAGGUCUACACAAAGCAGAACUCAGCCUUCAGGAGCUUCAAGAAAGGCUAGACAAAGCUCAGGAAGAGAACAGGACCGUUGCUGUGGAGAAGCAAAACCUAGAGCGCAAACUGAUGGAUGAAAUCAGUGAUGCAAAACGCGAAGCUCACAGACUAAAAGAUCUGAGAGAAGGUGCAGAAUGUGAAUUGAGUAGGCUGAAGUACGCAGAAGAAGAACUAGUACAGGUUCGCAUGGCUCUUAAGAAAGCUGAAAAAGAAUUUGAGCUGAGAAGUAACUGGUCUGUUCCUGAUGCCCUCCAAAAAUGGCUUCAGUUAACACAUGAGGUGGAAGUUCAGUACUAUAAUAUUAAGAAGCAGAAUGCAGAAAUGCAGCUUACAAUUGCUAAAGAUGAGGCUGAAAAAAUAAAAAAGAAGAGAAGCACAGUUUUUGGAACAUUGCAUGUCGCACACAGCUCAUCACUGGAUGAGGUGGACCAUAAAAUUCUUGAAGCGAAAAAAUCCCUGUCUGAGCUGACUACGUGUUUGCGAGAGCGGCUUUAUCGCUGGCAGCAAAUAGAGAAGAUGUGCGGAUUUCAGAUAGUACAUAAUUCUGGGUUGCCAAACCUUACGUCCACACUGUAUUCUGACCACAGCUGGGUGGUUAUGCCAAGAGUUUCUAUACCUCCUUACCCAAUCGCUGGUGGCGUUGAUGACCUGGAUGAAGACACUCCUCCAAUAAUUUCCCAGUUUCAUGGAUCCAUCCUUAAAACUCAUGGGACAUUAGCAAGAAGCAGCAGUAUGUGUCGGGCUCGGCGAAGUGUUAUCCCACCAUCCCCUAAGGCACAACAUGUUUUACAGUCACCGGACCCAGAUAUCCUAUCUGUAUCUAGCUGUCCUGCACUAUAUCGCACAGAGGAGGAGGAGGAUGCCAUCUUUUUCAUUGCCGAGAAGCAAUGGGAAACCCAAGAUACUGGCUCAGAGUGUGACUCAUUAAACUCUUCUAUUGGGAGAAGACAGUCUCCUCCUUCAAGUCUUGAGGUCCAGCUGGUCAGCGCUAACAUCAGAAAAAUAUCAAGAGAGGAAACCUCAUGUGAGGAAUCAUUAUCUGGAGACUCUCCGUUAACAGCUGAUGCUUCUAAGGUAUCCCCUGAUGCAAUAGGUCUAACAGAAAGCCACAGCAUGGUUUUUAGUCCAUCUAGUAAGGUAUACAAUGGUAUCCUGGAAAAGUCCUGCAGCCUGCACCAGCUUUCUAGUAUUCUACCAAUCUCCAAGCCACCCCAUCCAUCUUUCCCUUCCUCCCCAAAUGAUGGCAAACCAGUUCAAGAAGUUCAUGGAAUUCCUGUUCUAAAGACCACACCACUCAAUGUAUCUCAGAAUGUGGAGAAAAACAAAAAGCAAUCUAAAAUAAAAGGCCUUUUAAAGAAAAUUGCCAAAUAAAUCUCUUGAAGAAAAGUAGUAAUUACAGACUGGGCUUUGUCAUAUUUGAAUGUAGCUCCUUUAUGGGGUGUUUAAGACUGGAUGUUCAAGCGGAAAGCUCCAAUUGUCUACCAUGUUAACGGCUGUGAAGGUCAUGCCAACAAUCACUGAAUUUUGUUGAAAAGUGGAUCUGUUUACAGUCACUUUUUGUAUUUAUUUCUGCUUUUAAGCUUUUUUUUUUUUUUAAGAAGCCACCUUUGACUUGCAAGCUUUAAUGGACUAGUAAGCCUCUGUGGGCUUGCACAACAUCUUGUUUACUGGAGCGUCUUCUUAUCUUUCCACACAUCUAUGAUAUUUUAAAUUUUGGACUAAAUAACUUAAUGAAAAUAAACAAAUUGCACUACAGUUUUCCAGAAUGGAAAAUAUUUGCAAGUGAAAUUGUUUUAAGGUUUGUAAAAUGACAGAGAAGAGGACCGGGUCUGUGUUCACUUUUAAUCAACUGGGUUUUUAAGUAGAGCCUAGAAUUUCUAAUCAUCAUGAUUUCCACACACGGAGCUCAUACAUUUUGUAUGGGAGGCUUGUUUAGAUUCACGUAUUCUUAAACUUGUAGGUUUAAGUCCUGCUGUAAAGAUAGUUUCCCCACCCCCAGGACUUUCACCGUGAUUUUCGCAAUGGUUACAUGUUGUAUUAUAUAUGUAGAUACAAUAACACAAGAGGACAUGCUCUUGAUUCUUUAUGCAAGUGAUGAUGGUGAAACAGAACAGGAGUUAAAGCAUCCAUGUGCUUUAAGUGGGAAAAAAAGCAAACUAGGGGAUCGUUUACAGGCAAAGGGUUACUGGAUUUGUUUAACUUUUAAAGUUAAGUUGGAGGUGUUUCACAGUAUCUCGGGCUGCCCUACUGAUUACAUAAGCAUGCAGAUGUGCAAAAAUAACUUUGUAUUGUUGAUAAAGUGUCACCAACAAAUGCGCUUUUCAUAGCUCAGCAUUGACAUCAUGAGUAUUGCUAAAGAUGUAUGCCAUGCACAUAACACACUGCCCAAAUGUCUAAAGUGCAGUGGGUGCCCCAACUACUCUGACUAUGGAUUUUUUUUUUCUCUGCUUGAAGAGAUUUGUACAUGAUGUAACAUACUCAAAGCCACUUUUAACUACUAAUACUUUUUGCUACUACAGACAUAGGUCUACCCUUUUGCCAAUACUUCUCCAUUAACUUGUUUUGCCUGUUAAAAUCGGAAUCACAAUGUUUAGAUCUGUUACAUUUCAGGAUGUUAAGUUUUCCAAUAAACUAAUUUAUUC